AUGCCGUUCCGGCCAAGAGCGGGGCAGCCUCCCCCAGGGGCUGGCACUGGCACGGCCACGCAGGAGAAGGCGGCGUACCCUUACGCCGGAACCGACGCGACGUUGAAGCAGCCUGUGGUGUGGAACGGCAAGGCCUCUGACUCCGAUACCCUCACUGCAAACCAGCAGCUCUCUGGUAACCAGAAGUUAAUCUCUCAGGAUGGCAACUUUGCGCUAGGAUUCUUUCAGCCUGCAGGGGAAGGAUCAAAUGGCAAAUGGUACAUAGGCAUUUGGUACAAUAAAAUCCCAGUACAAACUAUAGUGUGGGUAGCUAACAGAGAGAAAUCAGUCUCUGAUCCAGUCUCUUCAAACCUAAUCAUCUCAGACGAUGGAAAUCUUGUUAUUCGACUUAACAAUUCUGAAUCUCCAAUGUGGUCUACCAACAUUAAGAACAACACAACUCCCAAUUCCACGAUUGCCACGCUGCUUAAUACUGGGAACCUUGUAGUCAGACAUAACUCCAAUACCUCCAUUGUGUUGUGGCAAAGUUUUGACGAUUUCACUGACACAUGGCUCCCAGGAAACAAACUCAGCCGCAACAAGAAAACCGGCAUCGUCAAACAGAUGAUCUCUUGGAAAGACCAUGGUGACCCAACGCCUGGAAUGUUCUCCAUUGAGUUGGACCCAAAAGGCUCACCACAAUAUGUCCUCCUAUGGAAUAGGUCGGUAGUGUACUGGGGUUCCGGUAACUGGACAGGGAAUUCAUUCAGUGGUGUACCAGAGUUGUCACCUACAAAUUCAUAUCCCAACUCAGCAUAUACAUUCCAGUUUGUUGAUAAUGAUGAGGAAACAUACUUCGCUUACUAUGUUACGAGUGAUGCAAAAAUAUUUACAAGAGCUAUUGUUGAUGUAUCAGGUUUGUUCCAGGCUUUUGUAUGGAUAGAAGCAGCACAAUCAUGGGUGACUUUUUUUACGCAACCAAAAGCUAAGUGCAGCGUGUAUGGAGCAUGUGGGGAAAACAGCAUGUGCAGUGAGAAUGCUGCAUCAUCAUGCAGUUGCCUCAGGGGCUUCAUUGAGAAUUACCCAAACAAUUGGGUAUUAAAUGACCAUACAGGAGGCUGUAGGAGAAACGUCCCAUUGAAAUGUGGAAACAAUGGCUCCAUGAAGGCAAAGCAAGACAGAUUCUACCUGAUUAAUAGUGUGAAGCUGCCUGAUAAUGCACACGUUGUCGAUGCUGCUAACACUCAUGAUUGUCAGUUAACUUGCCUCAACAACUGUUCUUGCACAGCUUACUCACAUAAUGGCACUUGCUUGGUUUGGCAUGAUCAUAUGAUGAAUCUUCAAGACAAUACUGGUGGAUCAAGUGAUAGAAUCUUUAUUAGAUUGGCUGCAUCAGAAAUACCCAAUUCGGAAACCAAGAAAUGGUGGAUAAUUGGUAUAAUCAUUGGUGCAUUUAUCAUUAUAGGUCUUGGGGUGACCAUUGUACACUUUCUCCAUAAAAGAAGAAUCAGUAGUAUAAAUCAAGGUGACAGGCCUUUGAUUAGAUUCAAAUACAGUGAUUUGCAGUUUCUGACAAGAAACUUCUCGGAGACGUUGGGUGCAGGGUCUUUUGGGUCUGUUUUCAAAGGGGUUCUACCAGACACAACUACAGUUGCAGUAAAAAAGCUAGAGGGCUUUCAUCAGGGGGAGAAGCAAUUCAGGGCAGAGUUGAGCACCAUCGGAAAUAUUCAUCACAUAAACUUGAUUCGGCUACUUGGGUUUUGUUCUGAAGGAGCCAAGAGAUUGCUAGUCUAUGAGUAUAUGCCCAAUGGUUCCCUGGAUAAACUAUUGUUUCGUGAUAGUUCUAUCAAUUUGAAUUGGAAAAUAAAGCAUCAAAUUGCCGUAGGGAUCGCCAAGGGUUUGGCUUAUUUGCAUGAGGAGUGCCGGGAUUGCAUCAUACACUGUGAUAUCAAGCCGGAAAAUAUACUGUUGGAUGCUUCAUAUGUUCCAAAAGUGGCAGAUUUUGGGUUGGCAAAGUUACUAGGUCGGGAUUUUAGCCGAGUUUUAACAUCUAUGAGGGGCACUGUAGGAUAUCUUGCACCAGAAUGGAUAAGUGGUGAAGCCAUCACAACGAAGGCAGAUGUGUUCAGCUAUGGAAUGAUGCUUUUCGAGAUCAUAUCAGGAAAGAGGAAUCUGGAGCAUACAGAGACAACCAUGGAAACAUUUUUUCCUGUGUUGGCUGCGAGGAGGCUUCUUGCUGGAGAAGUACAGACACUGUUCAGCUCAGAGUUGAUCGGUGGUGUCCAUGUAGGGGAUCUAGAAAGAAUAUGCAAGGUUGCUUGCUGGUGUGUUCAGGAUAGUGAAAGUUCAAGACCAACAAUGGGGGAGAUUGUCAAAAUUCUGGAAGGUCUGGUAGAUGUUGAACUGCCGCCGGUUCCAAGAUAUCUUGAAGUUCUUGCCCAAGGCAUAGAGAAUGUGGGAUUCUUUUACUCUGAGCCAACUAAGUGA